AUGCAGCCCAGGAAAGGGUGCCAGUUGCUGAGAGCGAGUGGGGAGAAAGCAGAUUCUGGGUUGUCCACACCACCACCCCUGCUCCCGCCAGGCCUGUCUGCCAGAGCCUCAGCUCCAGCCGCGCCCCACCGACGGCAGACGGACGAGUGCCUGAGACAGAGCGAGAGCGGCUCUCUCCUCAGAGGCACUGGAGCGCCGCUCCGUCCUGGCCGACUUCCCUGCCAGUGA